AUGCAGAAGCUGAAGACAGGCACCAGCGUCGACCUUGACAAGUAUGACUACGAAUUCCUGAAGACUACUGUAAAGCCACAAACUAUCUGGGUUGUUCAGCUCGAAAGAGGCCCUGUUCUCGAUCCAAAGACAAGGCAACCGCUUUCGCUCGAUGAUAUACCGAACACCCCUGGCGCCAUACCCACGUUCACCCUCUAUGUCUACGAUGAGAAGGGUAGCUUUCGUGCCACGCACGACGUCGAGCAUCUUCCUCAGCCAGCCGACUUGUUGAUGAAGUUCCUGCACCUCGCGGACGAAGCCAUACCUUUCCUGAACUCCCUGUCACCGCAGAUGUCCUGGCGCUUUGAGACUGCUGCAGAGGCCGAGUUCGUCACCGACGGCGUAUACCAAAAGUCGACUGAGGUCGCACAGGCCAGCGGCAAGUUGGCAGCCGAGGCAAAGGACCGGGGCGCUGCUGCGAUGAAGCGACGAGACAAGGCACAGGCUAUCGCAGAGUACACGACGGCCAUCGAACAAUGGGAGCGCGCCAUAACGCAGAAACUGUCCGCCGAGGACGAGAAGGACGUACUGGCCAAACUGGCGAUAUGCCAUGCGAAUCGCGCUGCUGCCCGACUUUUGGACCCUUCAGCGUCUGAUCUGAAGGAGGUCUUGAAGGAUGGGCAAGCCGCGGUGCAUUAUAAGCCAGACUACGCGAAAGGGUACGCUCGGCAGAGCGCUGCUUUAACUCGCAUGGGCAGAACUGAGGAAGCGAUGGACGUCCUCGCGAAAGCUCUGAGAAGGCCCGCCUUGGCCGAGGAGGAAGGGCUGGUAGACAUGUUGAUCGACCUGCAGACGGGCGGUCGAGGACUGUCCACGGACGAGGCGACUUUCAAGCAAUGGCUGAUUGACUUGACGAUGAACGACCGCGCGAGUGCCGACAGAGUGCUGGACCUGAAGGGGGCAUGGCACAGGCGCCUCAACGACCAUAUGGCUCGUUGGAAGAAAAUAUGA